CUCUCUCUCUCAUCUUGGCUAUAAAAAGGACUUGCCAGUUGCCAUCCCUCUCCCACUAAUCCAUCUUCUCUUUCUAUCUCCCCCAACACUUCUUGAUUAAGCUAUAGCUAGAUACGAACCCUCUCUCUCUCUCUCUCUCUACAAGUGAUUCAAUAGUCAACAACGAACAUGGCCGAACCCCAGAGAAGCAGGAGCAGGGCGUGCUCCCCGGGCGCUCCUGUUGAGCUCGACGACGACCACGGCCAGCCCGGAGGGGCGGCGCAGGAGGAGGAGCAGCUGGAGCUCCGGCGUGGCCCGUGGACCGUCGACGAGGACCUCACCCUCGUCAACUACAUCGCCGACCACGGCGACGGCCGCUGGAACUCCCUCGCCCGCGCCGCCGGGCUGAAGCGGACGGGCAAGAGCUGCCGGCUGCGGUGGCUGAACUACCUCCGGCCCGACGUGAAGCGCGGCAACUUCACCGCCGACGAGCAGCUGCUCAUCCUCGACCUCCACACCCGCUGGGGCAACCGGUGGUCGAAGAUCGCGCAGCACCUGCCGGGUAGGACGGACAACGAGAUCAAGAACUACUGGAGGACCCGGGUGCAGAAGCACGCCAAGCAGCUCAACUGCGACGCCAACAGCAAGCGCUUCAAGGACGCCAUGCGCUACCUCUGGAUGCCACACCUCGUCGACGCCGACGACCACCGCCGCCGCGUCCUCCAUGCGCAGCAACAGCACGCCGCCGACGUCGCCGCCGCCGCCCACGGCCUGUCCGCCGGGAUGGUCAUCACCUCGUCCUCGGACUCCUUCGCGACCACGGCGGAGUCGUACGACGACGUGGGGGGGCUCUACGCGAACCUGCACGCCGGGGAGAUGGCGGUCGUGGGCGGCGGGGGCUGCUGGGCGGCGCACGAGGCGAACCACCAAGGGCUGUGGCCGGCGGCGGCCGAUCAGUCGGCUGCGGUGGCGCAGGCUGCCGGCGGCGGCCAGUUUCAGGACCCGGAGCUCAGUGGGUGGGUGCAAGGAUUCUCCGAGGGCAUGAUUACCGAGAAUUUUUGGGCCUUGGAGGACAUCUGGAAGAUCCAAUGAGCAAUUUUAUGCUUUUUCAAAGGGUUGAAAUUAAAAAGGAAUAUAGUACGAUUAGUGAGUGGUGUUGAUAGCUACUAGAUAACUUAAGAAAAGGAAAUCAUAUAUAUAUAUAUAGUUAGUAUAUAUUCUAACUCCAAAAGAUACUGUAUAAGAGAGUUUGUAUAUACCCCCUUUUAUACCUUUUUGGGUGGGUUUUAUUUCUUCUUCUUUUUUUGCCUCUUAAGAUUCAUAUUCUUAUAGAGGUUGAAAGGAGGGCAUUGUUUAUGACUUGAUGUUGAACAUUGUGCAAUGUACAAGUGUAUAGAUUAUUGCCUUAUUGGUAAUGAAAAUUUGAUUUUGGGCAUUUA